GUACGCACAGAACUAGUUAGCAUGUGGGAUUUAUGCAAAUACGGUGAAUCUCAACGAAAGAAAUUUACUUCAUUUUAUUCUCGAAGAGAGGGAAAAGCUGUGGACAAAAAUGAAAGAAUUAGAAUAUCGUGCCAAUAACCCAGAUAGAUUAAAAAAUCGAGGUGGACAACUGCUGGCAGAAGAAAAAGAGCGCAAAGUUAUACAAAGAAAGUUACCUAAAAUUGAAAGUCAGUUACAUCAUUUGGUAGAAGAAUAUGAAACUAGACACGGGGAAACGUUUUAUGUUAAUGGCGUUUCCUUGGAAGAAUUUUUAGCACAAUCAUAUGGACAUCGUAAUAUAGAAAAGGAAUGCCAAAAAAAUCCAAGGAAGGAGAUAAAAGACAAGAGCGCGAAUAAAACAAGUGUAACCAAACUUACUCCAACAGCAUCGACCAGUCGUCAUUUAACUCCUUUGUGUACCUCCUCCAACAGGAAAUUAUUUUUUGGUUCUACGCCCAAAAGUUCAGGCAAACGGCGUAAUGUUGGUAACAAUAAAGUACAUAGCGUCACAUAUGCGUUGAAAAUUCGAAAAAGUGGGAAUAUCUCAAAGCGAGCUUUAUCCGAGAACAAAAAACGUAGGAGCGUUAAGAAAGAAUCCAGAUCACAAUCGCAGAAUGCAACUACCAUUGAUAUGACUUAUGGACAAUUUCAAGAACAUUUGAAGGAUAGAGAAGAAUGUCGUAGCUCCUUGUUAACCAACCAAUCACUAAGUACUAAAUCUGUUUUUAAGACUCCAAAUCGUACACACGUUAAGCCUUUCAGAAGGAAAUUAUACAACGUAAAUGCAUCAUCUAAUGCAACAUCCAAAUUAUUACAAUCGACUCGAGAUUCUCCUCGUAGUCCUAGGAUAGAAUCAUACUUUGAAACAUGAAACGGCGCCAAAUGUUCUUCUAAUUAUUUUUUGAUGGAUUAUUUUCUUCGUUUAGAUGACUAC